AUGUCACAAUUCGCCAAAACCAAAUCCCUCACCAAAGCCCUCGGCCUCCCCUUCUACGACGAAGACGACAGCCUCCUCCUCAAACACCUCGACACUAUCAACGGCCGCGGCGAAGCACCACCAGACCCACCACCAGACCCAACCGCCAUGGGCGACAACGACGUCAAGAACGUGCUCUACAUCAACUUCAACCCCAACUUUGACGAUCCCGUGAUCGAGGCCGACAUCAAGGCCAAGAAUAAGGUGUUGCAACUCAACACGAACUGGCUGUCCCUUCGAGCUGGCGUGGAGACGGCAAAGAAUAUCAAGGAUGGGAAAUUGCCGGGGGAUAUGAGUGUUGCGUCACAGAUGAAACGAUCCGCGUAUAGAGCGAAGGUUAUUGAUUAUAUCAUGCUUAAAUCUUCUUGGAUGGGCGGUUUCAAAACCCAAGGCGUGGAACGCACCUACUCGGUCAAAAAAGCCGAAUUCCACACCGAACUCUUAACCACCUUCCUCGAAGGCAUGGGACUCCAACCUACCGUCUACGGCGCCCUCGAAGGCGUCCUCAAAAUGAUCUCCGACAGCAUUUUCUCCGCCGAGAACACGACGGAGAAAUCCAUGUUUUAUUUGCUCUCCACCGUCUACACCUGGGACGAGAUUACGAAGGACGUGCAACCUACCGUCCGCACAUUCUACUUCGAAGCGACCUCGGAAGUAAAGAAAUACGUCGCCGGCAAAGCAACCAUCAACACGGUAAACCUCAAGAUCGGGUUUAUGCAGAACGACUCGAUUUUCAAUCUCGACGUGUGGGACAGCGGGGUGGGCACCGAGAUUAAAAAGUAUCUGGUCGCCGAGGGCGUGAAGAUUGUGAAUGAGCCGAUCGAUAUUCCUGUUGAUCCGUGA